AUGGCAAGCGAGACGCCUUUGUCACCCACCAAAUCUCACAAAGGCGCUUCCUCGACCAAGGUUGUACCGCUCGAUUCUGAGAUUCGACAGGUCGCCAUACAUCCCGAGCUUCCAGAAGUAAAAGUGCCAAGCACGGAUAUGAAACCGUAUCAUUAUCAUCCAGUCUCCUGCGAGCUUCUUUCUUCAGAGGAUCUCCAACACCACAAGCUUCCCCAACUCCAAAAGCAAUACACAACACCUGAAGCUGCCUUGAAAGCGCAAGCAGAGGCAGUGAAGGAAGUAAAGGAUAAGAUGGCAGAGGCGGAGAGAAAGACACGAGAAAUCAAUCAGCAGAUGGAGGAGAUGGAGAAGACGAGAGAGAUUGAGAGGAAAAUCUACAUGAAGCAAGGAAAGAACUUACCAGAUGCUGUUUGA